AUGGGGGAGAUCUACGUGAGUCUAAUCCAGGAAAGCUGCGCAGGAGGGAUAUGUCAUCUGACCUUGCUGCCCAUACAGUCAAUGGUUGUCGUGUUUCUUUACAGUAUCAUUUUUACCCUGAUUGUAGCAGUUGUGACUGGGCUAUCCAAUGUCAUCAUCUUUCACAUUCUACAUGGUCUUUGUCAGGGAAUCAAGGACCUAAAGGAACAGCUGCAGCACAGCAAAGCUGAAGGAGAGAAACUUAAAAGCAAGAAUUUGUCACAGGCAGACGAGCUGAAAGGCGUCUACAAGAAAGGGUUCGAGCAGCAAAAGGCGUUGGCCAAGUUGAUCAGCAAGGCGCAGGCAGGCGUUUCCCGUUGCAAGGCCGCCGUGCCUCUGAUCACUAUCACUGACAAGGCAAAGAUGGGUGUGCUUGAUCCCUGCCUGCCCCACGUUCAGCCGCCAACUAGCAAGCCCCAACAUGUGAUGUCCCUGCCCCACCUUCCUCGUCGCAAUUUGCACGCUCCUCAGAUGCUCAAAGACCCCCUUGAGACCAAAGAGGAUGAGGCUGCCAAGCCUGAUGCACCACUCAAGUCGCCACAGGCUCAAGAGGACAAAAAGGUCCACAAGCGCACUGCUGCUGCUCCAAAGGCAAAGAAGUAUAAGAAAUGGGUCGCCCCUCACCCAUGGCGUUCUUGA